AUGGAAGAACUGAUGAAGUUUGAAGCCUUUCUUGAAUCAUCUAAAAGCUUUGAAGAUUUGCAGUAUUAUUUCAAUGAAAGGGGAGAGUUAAGGCAUAUGAUAACCCAAAAACCCUUUAUCUAUAACUAUUACAAAAAUGAACAUGACAGGAAUCACAAACGUUACCAGAUUCUUGGAAAUUUUAUUACUCUUUAUGUGUAUGAACUUCUAGAGAAAAAUUGCAACCUUGAAAGAAUUACAAUUCCAGUUGAUGCUAAAGAUGAUGAACCAAAAUCUUUCUUUUUCAUGAACAAGGAAGUCUUGAGUAAGCAGACAAGCCUUAUUGUUCUUCUUCAAGACAGUGGGGUUAUUCGAGCUGGACAAUGGGGGCAGAAGAUAAUAUAUCAUCAUUCUCUGGAAAAAGGAACACAGAUUCCAUACAUCAAAAUGGCAUUAAGGGACCAUGGAUCUGUAAUCGUUUUGAAUCCAAAUGAUAAUUAUGUUGAGAUGAAACAAGAGGAGCUGCAAAGAAUAGUGAAAAAGGAAGACGAUCUUUGUUUUCUAGAGACAUGUAACACAAAUGAUAUACUUAAAGCAAAUAGGCUUCUUAUUCCAAAAAGAUGUUGUAGCUCUCCAGAGGAGCACACUGCUUAUGUUUGGGACCAUUUUAUUUCAAAAACUGCAGCAAAGAAUUUGGUAUUUAUUGCACAUGGUUAUGGAGGGUUAGUUUUUCUGGAUCUGUUAUGUAAAAAAGGUAAGGAAGUUAUGGACAAAGUAAAUGCAGUAGCAUUCAUAGAUUCAAGGCACCAUGGUCCACAUCAAGCAACAACAGAUCCUGAAAUACAGAGCUGGCUGCGUGCGAAUUGUAGGAGUUGGGUAGUUAACGCCAAGCUUUUAGAUAGACCUACAGGUUCAUUAAUGAAGCUAGACUGCCCUAAAGUAUCUGCUGGAACUGAAAACCAUGAACUGGCUCCUUAUUGCACCCUCCAGUCUGUAUUUAGAUUUAUCAGCAGGUCCUCCAGUAAUAAGAGAAAAGCAGUAACCACCCCAAGAACAAUUGUAACCAGAAGCUCUUCAAGAAAAAAAUGUUAAGAUACAAGCUACUUAUUCCAAUUGUUCUACCAAGCCAAAUAUGAGCGCAGUUUCCAGUAUCUGGUUUUGUUUAGCCUUUUUCUGUAAUUGCUUUGUUUACAGUCGCAAGCACCCAAUUGAAGCUGUCUGUAUUUCACUAAAAUUUCAUUACAAAAGCAAA